AUGCAAAGGGACAACACACUGCAGCAAGUGAUAAAGGUCGUGUACCCGUGACGCAACGCGUUGGCACGCCCUGACGACACUUCCGGUACGCGGUGACGUCACUUCCGACGUACGCGCCAUAUUGGGACUCCAGGUACACCCGCAGUACCAGGAUUACAAGAGGACUUGCUAUAUGCUUUUAACCUAUUGCGGAAAUGUGAGUAGGAAUUCUGUAUCUAUAUUUUAUAAUAAAAAUUACAGUAUCACGCUAUGGGAAGUUUUUGUUUGUGUCUCUGAGCAUCGCCUGGUGGUAUACUACCACCAUUAA